GUGAAGUAGAUCUUUGCCUUAUAUUCUCCAUAGAAGAAAUAGAAUUUGAGUUUCCAUUUCGGCAAGCUCGUGUCUCCCCAGCAUUGACGUCCUCCCACCUCGUCGGAACAAACAAGGAAGAAAUCCUUUCCUGCUGGCAAUGGCGCAAGAAUCUCUGUUGACAUGGCGACAGCGCAAGGUGUCACGACUCCCUCUUGGCUUCAUCUCUACCGUUAUUUGGCCACCUGCCACCGAACCGCGCGGGCGAGGCAUUGCAGAAACUUCGCCGAAUACGAGCGGGAAAGAGCGGUUGGUGGGUUGGGAAGUGAAAUGGAAAAGAUUAUUGCGACGACGGAUCGCCAGAAAACCUCAUCUCGGGGUGCGUGGAACCGAACUGCUGAUAGGCGGAUUCGAGGCCACAGCACGCAAGGGCACAAGCAGCGUGAGCCGCCUCUAGACGCAGGGAGCCGGCAGAGUGACAGAUUCAGCCUGCUCCUGUCGGGCCUUAAACAUCUCAUCUUCGGUUCGCCACGACGAAGUGCUGAAAGUAUUUUUACUCGACGUCCUGGAAUGGUAUUGGAAACCAUGGAGGACGUUGCACUUGCGAUCCGAGAUGUCGUCGAUGCGAUUUCGCAACAGCUAGAGGGAGUGCAACUACUUCGGCAGGAUAUUACACCAAUGCCGUCAACAUCAGAUAGGGCCUGCUCCACGCCGAGAAAUGAUCUUUUCGCUUGUUACGAAGUCUUGUUUCGAUGUCUAGAAGACGCAGAAAUGCAGUCCCCGGCUAACGAAGACGAAGCCGCGACUGUUGCGACACGAGCCCGGAUCAUUUUUGACUUGAGGAAAGGCGAUGAAACUAGUAGUGGCACCAGUUCGGGACAAAGGAGACUGGGAGAAGGGCAGAAGCUGUAUGGUCGCUUUUCCAACCCCCUAGUCGUGCAGCAGCUCCCUUGCACCGUGUUCCUGAAGGAUCGCGCGGAGAUGUAUGAGCGCCUCAGAAUGGAAAUUCUCAAAGUGGAAAUAAUAUGUGAUGCAUGAAUUGCGACACCGAAAAGACUGUAUUGCAGAAAACGCAAUGGAGGCCGACCAUUGUGCUUCUACGGGUUCAGAAUUGGGCUGGUGAUUAACACGAGAGAAGGGCACCCCUUUGCCUAACUAGCAUGACAGACACGCUUUGAGUGCCCGGGAAAUUUGUCAUGCGCCGACUAGAACAAAUCGUGCUUCAAGUGGAGUCGUUUUUUUGCAUUACAAAUUAUUUUCACUUUGGGGAUUUCCAACCUGAGGCUUUCAUAAGAUGAAUGGGGUUCCCGUCGCGGUGGUCCGAAAUCUGUUUCCGCCGGUGCACGUGUCCUCUGUUGCGCACGAGCUAGGACACGCCUUGCACAUGCUGUUGUCCAGUGGAAAGCGGUAUCAAAUGCAAAAAUGUUUGGGUCUGGAAGAAGACAAACUUGUGAUGCGCAUUUCAGAACACAGAAAAAUCUCUCAUGCAUAGGUAGCAAAAGCUGCCCACUUUCUGUCACCAAAAUGGGGGAUUUGUAAUGCGGAUUCGGCAUUGCGGAAGCUUCUCGAAACCUGUGAUGCUAGCGCUUCCAUGCCAGACCUUCUGUGUCAUGCAAAAACAGCAUGACUCUUCCAGACCCAGACACUUUUACAUUUGAUAAGCGGGAGGGAGAGGAGUUGGCGAUGGCCAUCAAAGCGCCGACUAGAGGUUAUCGUAAGGAAAAAUCCCCGCUCCGCAUAUCGAAAAGAAAACUUGUGAUGCUGAUUUGUGGCCACAAAUCAGCUGUGUCUUGCAGUAGAGCACUGCAGGCAUUAUAUACGAAGCCCGAGCAGAGCGGUUUUGUUACAGGCGCCCAGCAUGGCAAACGUCCACACUGUAGGACCAACAGCAUCACAAACCGCUUGCAUAAUGCGGGGGAGCCUAUGAAGUUGCCCUCUUGCAAGACAGAGAGGAUCUGUGGCGACAAAUCAGCAUUGCAAAUUUACUAACGCAAGGUCUGGGAGGGGAUAUUUUCCCUCACGAUACAGGUCGAGGGAUGAAAACUUCUAACACAACAUUUUCGUCGUCGGCCGUCGUGGAGGAAUUUCCGUCGCACGUAGCCGAGUUUUUGUAUAAUACAAAACGAGCUACAACGCGACUGCGCCAACAGGAAGGAGUACUAGAGCCGCAAGACCAAGAACGAACUUCGGUUGCAGGAAGCUUGCGGCCUUGUUCAUCUUCUCCGGCGACACUUCUAUGGCCAGACGCGUGGCUGCUGGAGUGGGAACAACACGACCUCGAUCCGACGAAGCAACGCCUUCGGCAAACGAGGAGACAGCUGGCCAGGUUUGAGCUGCUUCACAAGCUAGCCGCGGACAUUCUGUUUGCGCGGCGAAAACGGCCGCGACGGCUUCGAGAGGACGCGACAAGGGAGAAAGCGUUGCCUCUUCUUGGGAGAAGUGAUGCUCGUUUCGACGCCCAGCGUCUCUUCCGGCGGAUAAGAGGUCGCUCCUGUGAGCAGGGAAUAGUAGCUGUCUUCCGGCGGAAAAUGUUGAAUCCGGUUGUGUGGGGGGAGGAGACAGUUUACCGCCGACGGAAAGUAGACAAGGGACAGGGAUUCUUUUCUAGGAGAUUCAACAUCUGGUUCUGGAGGAGGACGAGGAGGAAAGCGAAAUUCUCUCUGUUUUCUCGCAUACCGCAGAGCAGCGGAGGGGUCUGGUCCGUGUUUCGAGAUUUUUCUAGCUGGCUUAGCUCUUUAUCCUCGCCUUGUCAACACGUCGGCGUCGCAUGGGAAAAAGGAGUCUACUCAUCAUCAUCGUCGUGUAGAAGCAGUACGACACCUUUGUCAAUCCCAACACCAAAAGCGAGUCCUCGCGUCGAGAACAAAACGCUACUGCGGUGCCGGAGGAUGCGGUUUCUACACGCUCUGCAAAGUAGUAGGUUUUAUUUCCUCGCACCACCAGGCAGCGCAGAGACAAAGUACCGAAAUUUAUUUCGCGGCGUACACUCCGUCCAGGCGCUGCUCGAAGAAGUUCUUCUCAUUCGCAGAAAUCCGAAGCUCGCGCCGCUCUUCGCCUACGGCAAGGCCCAAGAACUUGCGGAGGCAUAUUGCCGGCUGCAUGGAGUAGAAGAAAAAAGGGCAGCGGGGCAAGAGGAAUUGAUGUCCAGGAAGAGUAAACCGAGUUGCAGAGACUGGUUGAAUUUGCGACGCGUAUUUGAACAGCCGGAAGUAGUGAUCAGGGAACUGAUCAGGGAACUCCUGCAGGAACGAUGUGAUUUGGAGCAGAGAACAAAAGACAAGGUCGCUGAGAGGUGGGAUGGCGAUAGUAAAUUCUUCGCCGCAUGAGGAUCCCGUUUCAACAACAUCGCAACAAAUCCUCGUCGUAGAGUGCUUUGUUUAGAAUCAGCAUUAGAAUUCGUUGUAUGAUGUUCAAUGCUACUAGACGUCAUCCAUGAAUCGUGCUAGACGUCACAGUGCGUGGUCUCUCUGACAUCCUGUAGGCUGCGGUUUUUACCGUCAGGAACAUCAUAGGCCGGCGGUGGCGGCUAGUAAUCUCUGGCGCUUUUCAACAAAGAUCUUGUUUCUAGGAUGAAUAAGUUGCCGUAUGAUCACCAAAAUUUUCAUCAUUUUGAAGUGAAAGCAAAUGUGAUGAAGCGGAG